AUGAUCUAUGUGCAUCCAUCGAUAGAGAACUCGAGUAUCUAUAAUCGGCCAUGUGCCCAUGUUUCCCCCGUUGGACAUAUCUUAGCACCUUUGCUAGACAAGAGCACGAAAGGGGUCCUCAAUACUAACGUCAUUUCCGAGGAAGGAGACUUGGGGUAUUAUAUUCGUGCCGAAAAGACAUUGACAAGGAGUGCUUCUAUUGGAGGGAAGAAGGCCCAUUUCAACAUAGAUGAGGCAUCGCUUCGAGAAGUGCCUCAAAAUAGAGUUUUGGCGAAGAAGUGUUCAGCAGUUCAGAGAACUGCAACAGCUUUGGCAGGAGCGAACUCGCUUAAGUUGCUCCCUCGUGUUUACAGCAAACCCCCUGCUCUUUCCACACAUCAAAAUAUCAGCAACAGCACCGCCAUGAUGACACGAGGCAAAGGCCGGUCUAGAGAUAGAGCGGCAAAGAAAGCUAGGAAGCAGAGACUUGAUACCCAGCCGGAGACACCAGAAGAGAUCGAGGAGAAGAGGAAACGCGACCAAGCAGCUGCAAAGAAGAGAAGAGCAGCAAGCAAUGAUCCUCCGCCUAGCAUAUCUGCGAGUCAACGCACGGGCACGUGCGACACUGGAAAGGCAGCCAUAGGAAACACUUGGGACAAACCAGUGGCAGAGAAGAAACGGGGGAAAAGGCGCUCCAGGCGCGGUAAAGGUGAUCGUGCGAGGAAAGCACAAAAGCGCAAGAGGAACAGAGCAGCAAAGGCAGCACGAGAGGCAUCAGAGACGAACACCAAAAGGAACGCCCAAUUUGUUCUUACCUCUGACGGACCUCUCUCCCCAAGUGUUGAAUCUGAUCCAGAGAUACGACCCAUCCAAGAAUCAGUAAUGAAUGUGGUGACACAUGAAGGAGCGUCGACAAUCGUAUUACCAUGUCGCCCCAGCUCUACUAUCCUGGAGUCUCGACCUGUUCUGAUUGACAUUAGCGGAUACAGAGGCAACGGUGAACACAAGACACCUGCUCUCACGCCGCUUCGGCAUCUCAGACGGCUGGCUAGCCUGAUUCCGCGACAAGUGUCUUCACCUCCAAACCGUGGCUCGACUGUUGAGGAUUGGCGGAACCGGAACGACUAUCAAUCGUGGCUCAAUCGUAAGUGGCUCGUCCGGCUCGUCCGGCUCGUCCGAGUUGCAGGAGUGGUACUAGCAAUCACGGAUGCAGCACGACUUCUUGCGCCUCUUCUCGGCCUUGUCCAAAUCUGCGUAGUGCAUAUGCUUUCUUUGGUUGUGAAGUGUAAGGGACAAGCAGGGUGUUAG